AUGUCUAAACAGGCACAUCUCAGACACUAUAAAACUAUGGAAGUAGAAAAGGGAGGGCGACUGGGUGUACCCAAUAUUUUGGACCGGAAAUUGGACCAUGGAACAAGCAAAAAAAUCGCCACAAUUUUGGUGUACAUUAUUUUGGACAUACUCAAGGAAUGUGUACUACUUAUGGCACAGCCCGUACUUUUGGGUUAUAUAAUAGACUAUUUUAGUGCCGUAAAUGGGGUGACCUAUAGCCAUGCCUGUUGGUCGGCAGCUGUUAUGUGUCUUAGCUCAGCCCUAUUUGUAUUUACAGCACACCCCCACCUACUGCGAGUAAUGCAAAUAGUUUUCGUUAUAUGUUACGAAUAUUGUAACGACACCAGUGGUUACGGUAGUGGCAUCUUAUAUAAUCUGGAUGGAAAUUGGUUGGGUAUAUUAUGUUGGUUUUACCUUGUCCAAAACAGCUAUAUUAACGGAUAUCCGGCUCAAAUAUAUUAA